UGUUCACCCACGUGUGCUGACUACAUCACUGACGGUGUUCCUGUGUUUCCCCUGUUUCAGUGUUUGUCCGCAGAAGACAUCUUUUCUCUUCAUGGCUUCUCGAAUGCUACCCAGAUAACCAGCUCGAACUUCUCGGCUAUCUGCCCUGCGAUCUUACAGCAGCUGAACUUUCAUCCCUGCGAGGAUCAGCCGAAGCACAGUGCAAAGCCAAGCAUUUCCGAAGUCUGGAGCUAUGGAAUCCUGUCGGUGACAAUUAUUAACUUGGCAUCUCUCUUGGGAUUGGUUUUGACCCCGCUGAUAAAGAAGUCUUACUUCCCCAAGAUUUUGACUUAUUUUGUGGGGUUGGCUAUUGGGACCCUUUUCUCAAAUGCCAUUUUCCAGCUUAUUCCAGAGGCAUUUGGAUUUAAUCCCAAAAUCGACAAUUAUGUUGAGAAGGCGGUUGCUGUGUUUGGUGGAUUUUACAUGCUUUUCUUUGUUGAAAGAACACUUAAGAUGCUACUGAAAACAUAUGGACAGAAUGACCAUACCCACUUCGGGAAUAAUGACUUUGGUUCUAAAGAAAAAGCCCACCAACCCAAAACGUUACCAUUACCUGCAAUCAACGGUGUGACAUGCUAUGCCAACCCUGCUGUCACAGAGCCUAAUGGACACAUCCACUUUGACACUGUCAGUGUAGGGUCCCUCCAGAUUCAAUAUUGGAAAGAAAUGGGUAUCUUGUAUGGGAAAUCCAGGCUUCUGGAACAGCAAGAACCCUGGAACCAUCAGAACCAUCAGCAACCCUUCUCCUCUGCAAGUGUCAAAAGUAUCAUUUUGUUUCUCUCACCCUGGCACUGUCUCCACAAGUGGGAGACAUAGCCCCUGACAGUUCCU